GCCAAAUGCUCACUUAUCGCCGACGAGCAACCGAGAUCUUGUGCCAAAGUAAGGUCAAGAUUGAGCCUCAUCCCGCAACAUCCACUUUCCACCGCCAAUCAAAUUUCCACUCCCAACACACACACACAUACACACAUACGCACCACCACCUCAACUAAACUCUCGUAUCUCCCUCCCGCCUCACCAAAAAAUGUUCCGUCCCUCCGCCCUCCGCGCCCUCACCCAGGCCGCCAGCAGGAGCAGCGGCAGGGCAGCGCCAGCCGGGACACCGAGCGCCCUGCUGCUUCCGCGCCCUGCUCUUUCUUUCUUCUCCCCAUCCUCCUCCUCCUCCUCUUCCUCCUCCUCUUCCUGCAAAUCCCGCUCCUUCCACGCCAGCCCGCGCGCCCUGAUCCGGCCGGGCGACCCGCUGCCGGACACGGACGCGCUGAUGGAGAACACCCCCGGCCAGCGGGUCAACCUGGCCGCGGAGGCGGCCCGGGUCAACAGGAUGCUGCUGAUCGGCGUGCCGGCCGCCUUCUCGCCCGCGUGCUCGGCCACCCACGUCCCCGGCUACGCGCGGCACCCGCGCACGCGCGAGUUCGACCUGGUCGGGGUGGUGUCGGUGAAUGAUGUCUUUGUCAUGAAGGCGUGGGGUCAGACGCUCGAUCCGGCUGGGACGCUGGGGAUCCGCUUCUUUGCCGAUCCCACGGGCAAGUUCACCAAGAUGCUGGACAUGGCCUUCGACGGGUCGGCCAUCUUUGGCGGCGACCGGUCCAAGCGCUACGCCAUUGUCGUCGAGCAGGGCAAGGUCAAGUCGGUUGCGGUCGAGCCCGACAACACGGGCACGAGCGUCUCGCUGGCUGAGAGCGUGCUCGGGCCCGUGUCUUCCGCUUGAGGGGGGUCACUCCUCUGAAUGUUAUAAAUUCAUUGGGCCACGUAUAUUCCGUAGCAUAGCAAGGUGCAAGAUACUACGUUGCUUAGCCUUUGCAGACUCGGUCACAUGAAGGGAAGAAAAUACGAGCUCUUCUG